CGAAUGACCUCACCAGCCCAACUGCCACAGAAGAUAGACAGCAGAAAAGAUGUGGGAGGCGUGGCUGUGUGGGACAUGUGAGCUGUUUCUGCCGGACCUUCGUUCUGUCCACAUUGACCUGCCCUGCUGACGGAGUUCCUGACCCCCCUACAGACCCCCCCCUACACCCCCCCUCCAGCCAUGGCCUCCACCCGCAGCAGGGGGGACGGUGGGCUGAUGUACUGGGGACUCAAGGUGCUGGCAGGUGCGGCAGGGGCUGCGGUGGUGGGCGCGGCCGCCUGGGCUGCCAAGAACUUCUACGAGUCAUCCGACGCUGACCCCCGACCUCCCGGUGACCCCCGCCCCCCCGCAGACCGUGCCUGGCACGAGUCUGAGGAGUCCAGCGACGAGGAAACACGAGAAAAGGCGAAGGAACGCCUCCCCAGAUCCAACGCCUGCUCCCCUUACAAAAGAGCCUCCCCGAAACAGGGGAAAAUGGACAGGAAAAGUCUCCUACACAAACUACGCCGUUACCAUGACAACCUGGUAGAGAUUCCGCAGAACGAGAUCGACAUGGCGAAGGAGGUGACACAGAUCAUCACCGCGGCGAUACGAGACUUUAUAAAAACGAAGAAGCCGGAGCUGCCGCUGGGCGAGCUGUACCCGGACGGACACGUGUACGACGGGAUGAAGGUUAUCCGUGCGGACCAGACGAGCGUGAUGGCGCCCAUGAGCCUCGACGUGAACAUGUGGCAGCUGGUGCCCGGGGAGGAGACCGUCCUGUGCGUCCCCGGCUGGUGCCUGAUUCGCAGGCAGAACGUGGACUACUUCCCCAUGGGCACCAGCGGGUGGGACCACUUUGUUAUAGGGGGGUACCUGUCCCCGCGGGUGGUGAUGAAGAUGUUCAUCCGGAUGGUGCAGGAGAGCAUCAACUGGCCCUCCCUCAGCCACGCCUUCGGCUUCCAGGUCCGGCCCGCCAUGCGGGGCCUCACCGCCGCACUGGACGUGUUCUACGGGAGCGACCUUCAGCACCGCGUGCACAUCACGCUCACGCCCUCCAUCCGCUUCGAGAACCUGGAGCUGGUUGCCGUGCCACACCCGGCGAUACAGCGGGCGGGGCGGCCGGACGGGCUGGAGAGUCACCAGAACCUGUGGCGGGAGUCGUUCCUGGAGGCCGAGCGCAUCAAGCUGGAGACACUGGAGGACGGGAUCGGGUGUCACCGCGUCUGUCUCAAGGUCGUCAAGGCCGUGACGGAGACGAACACGGAGCUACGGGCGCUCAGGUACGAGCACCUGCUGCACCUGAUGUUCCACCUGUGCGACAAGGAGACCAGGUGGGAGCCGGACCACCUGGUGGACAGAUAUGAGGACAUGCUGCAGUACCUGCAAGGUGCCCUUGCCCAGGGGGCGCUGCUGCACUACUUUGAUGAGAGCGUGAACCUGUUCGCUGACCUUCGACCCGAGACGCUGAGCACGAUGCACCAGGUGAUGUCUCUCGCCGUGUCACACCCCGCCAGCCUGCUGCAGAGAUGAGGCUACCUGGACACACCUGGACACGCCUAGAUACAUCGGGACACGCCUAGAUACACGUGGACACGCCUAGAUACACCUGGACACGCCUAGAUACACCUGGACAUGCCUAGAUACACCUGGACACGCCUAGAUAUACCUGUUCUACACUCUACCUGCUGCAGGGGUGACAAAGAGUUCUAAAAAAGAAGCAGACAGCAGGGAACAGACGAUGUGUGGGUUGGAGGCGUUCCUGGUUCCAACAUGGUGGAGGAGUGUCAGGUUACUUCAGGACUUGAGCAGACUGCUGUUUGCCCCAAGAUGACAGAAGAGAGUCAGGUUACCCCAAUACUUCUCAUCUUCCAACAUGGUAGACGAGUAUUCGCUUACAGUAGUACUUUACACCUUCCUGACUGGUUCUCCUGUGCUUCAUCAUGGAGGAGAUGUGUCGGGUUACACCAGACCUUAACCAGGCUGAGCUCAGCUGCGAUGCAGGCAGAACGGUACAACAGAGUUCCUCCAUGGGGGGUAGACAUCCCGUUAGAUCCAUGCAGUCAGACGUUUCAGAUAGCGUCCACUGUCUUUCACCAGCGACUGAGUCAAAGACAAGUGUAACCUGUAUAUACAUGUAUAUUAAGUGAGUGUCUAAAGACUGAAGGCAAAUAUAAGGUGAUACUGCACAGUCAACAUAAGGAAUAGUCUAGAAUAUUCUCUCUUUUGCAAUAAACAGAUAUACAGUAACUUCAACCAAGGAGCUCUAUUCAACAUAAGGUCAUACUUGUUACACUUACACUAAAUCUGGCUCUGUGUAUGACCAUAUACUGAUGAUGAUAUAGUAACAUUUCCCACACUCGGCAUGUGAGAGGUUAACAUCAGUAAGAACUAUGUAGGAACCACUGUGCACAGGUUAUCAGAAAUCAUGAAAAUAAAUCUACUGGGUAUGAUAUACGGGA